CGUACAGCCAAAAUGUCGGCAUGUGAGCAUGUCCGCUCUCGGAUCCUCUCUGAUUGUAACAUACAUAGUAUGUACAUAUCUAUUCGUGUGGUUGUUUAUAACCUAAAAUUAAAAGAUCGGUAAACUGUCGUGCGGGUCAGUCCGGCUAUAAAUUAUUUUGACUUACUAUUACUAUUCUACUACUAUUAUAUUACUUGCCGUCAGUCUGCCAAUAAGUGAUUUCUCGAAAGCAAUUUAGACAAGUGAAUAUAAUUGACAACAUGAACGUCUUACGUUCGUGCAUUAAAGCCGUUACCCUAGGUAGAGGUGUUCGAGCUGUAAAUUACCAAGGACAGAGAUACGUUAAAAGAUGGGUGGCACCGACACAAAUAGAGAUAACCAGACGCAAGAAGAAGCUGGGCGAGCAGCCGGAGCCGAAACGUAACACCUUUCUCGAGUGGAAUAGAUCCGCGGAGAUUUAUGCCUUCAAUCAACGGCUGUCUGAACGUUUCGAUACAGAAAAAUUGGAGCAGGCCUUCACUCACAGAUCAUACGUUAUUCGAGAGGAGCAGAGACAGAAAGAGAUGGGAAUAGAAAAUCCCGUGCUCGCCGUACAAGAUAACACUGAGCUUAUUAGGAAAGGCGAUAAGCUUACAUCAGAGAGCGUGCAGAAUUAUUUAGUCCAAGUUUUACCACACGCAUCUGAGGAUGUCAUAAUUUCGUUGCACGACUACCUUCUUUCUGAGGAAAUCCUAGCUAAAGCAGCUUUACAUAUUGGAACGAAAGAUAUUAUUUUAACGGAAGAACAUCCAGUGGCUCAGAAGACUUUAGCCGAUACGUUUCUUGCACUUAUCGCGGCGCUCGCGGAAAGUGUGGACGCGAAUCACGCGGCGAAUUUCGUUCGAGACUUCUUGAUUGUUACAUUGGCAGAGAAAGAUCUGACAGAAAUAUGGAAUCCAGCUCAACCUGUCGAGCUCUUAAAUGACAUUCUACAGAAACAAAACCGACCAUCCAUUGAACCAAGACUUAUCGCGCAAACGGGACAAAAUACACUCUUAGCGACAUAUCAUAUAGGAAUGUAUUCGGAUAAGCAAUUUCUAGGUUCAGGAUUUGGUCAAACGAUACAGGAGGCCAAGAAUGUAGCUGCCAUGAAUGUUUUAAGCCGCAUGUUUGGUCUGUUAGACUCUAGUAAACCAAUUCGAUUCGAUAAAACGGUAAAUCUAUCUUUGUGAACAAAGUGAACUUUAUUCUUGAGAAAAAGAAAUUUAGUAACAGUGCUAAUGUUGCAGUUAUUUUUUUGUAUAUACAUAUAAAAUUUGAAAUUAAAAAAAUAUGUAUAUAUAAAA